AUGUCUAGUUCUAAGCCGUCGAGUACUGGGCAUGAUUUCUCUCAGUUUUAUGAUCCUAGGUCUAUUUCCGAGCCUAAUUAUUUCGACGAAGCUACUUGGUCUCUCAGUCCAAGCGACGAUCCCCACACCAUACAAGAUCACUCUUACAGCUCGAGUCCAGAAGCUAAUCCUGUUCCGGAUUCGAACUCCCACACCACUUCAACUCCCGGUCCCAUAUUUGACGACUCGAACUGGAUAUUCACAUGGAAUGAAGAUCUAAAACGCGCCCCCAUCGACCGCAGCCCCAACGCCCGCACCUGCCCAAUCUGCCAGCGAACCUUCUCCCACCAACGCGAGUACAACUCCCACGUAAUCAAUGCACACAUCUCUCACGAAUGUUCAUCUUGCAACCGCCAGUUCUACACCGCCUGGUACCUGCAAGAACACAUUAACAACUCUCUGGAUUGCAGUCCUGCGGUGCGGGAUAGCUCGGCGUGUCCAGUCUGUGGUGAGAAGUUUAAGAAUUGGGCGGAGAAGAAUAGACAUCAUUGGAAGGUGCAUGUCAAGCAGGAUAUUAGACCGGCUGGUACGGAGGGUGGUAGAGAGGCGCCAAUGACUGAUGAUGAGUAUAAGCUGUAUUUGCAUCAUUUUGACUUGGAAACUUAA